AUGUCUACUCCUGAACCAUGUUCAAAAACAUCAUUGACAAAUGAAGAAAAAACAAAUAAAGAAAAUUUAGUUAAUCGUAAUUCUAUUGGUGUUCUUCUUGCUAUAGGUUAUAUUAUUGGAAAUGUUAUUGGAGCAGGAGUUUUUGUUGCUCCAACUGAAGUUAUCCGUAACACAGAAUCAGCUGGUCUUUCUAUGAUUGUAUUCAGUUUUGCAGCUUUAACAUCUUUAUUUGGAGCUUUAUCAUAUGCAGAAAUUGGUUCAAUGAUAACUGAAUCUGGGGCUGAUUUUGCAUAUUUAUGUAAAAUUAAUUGGAAAUUAGUUGCUUUUGUUUUUAUGAUAAGUGGAUGUUUAAUAUUAUAUCCAAGUAUUGUGGCAAUUCAACUACAAACAUUUAGUGAAUAUUUUUUUAAAUGUUUUAAUAUUAAAUUUACUGAUUCUUAUUAUGCUAAUAUUUAUGGAAAAUGUUUACAAAUUAUAUUAUUAUUAAUUAUUAUCCUACUCAACUUUCAAUCAUUAGGAAAAGUUGUUGCUAAAUUUAAUAUAUGUGCAUCUGUGUGUAAAAUUGCUGCUCCAGCAACGUUAAUAAUUAUAGGAAUAUAUUUUAUUUGCAGUAAAGAUAUAUCUAAUCAUUGGGAACAUUCUUUAGAACAUGGAAAUUAUAAACCAUUAAAUCUUGCUGUUGCAUUUAUAGCAGCACUUUUUACUUUUGAUGGUUGGGAUGUAUUAAACUUUGGAGCUGGUGAAUUAAAUAAUCCUAGAAGAAAUCUUCCAAUAGCUGUUAUUAUAGGAAUAUUUUUAAUAACAACUAUAAUAUUAUCAUUAAAUGCAGCUUAUUAUAGUAUUCUUGAUUUAGAUACUAUACUUACAACAACAACUGUUGCUAGUACUUUUGUAUCAAAAACAUUUUAUAUUUUUGAACCUAUAAUACCAAUUGUUAUUUGUAUCAUAUUAAUUGGUUCAUUAAAUAGUUCAAUAUUUGCAGCAAGUCGAUUUUUACAAUCAGCAGCUGAAAAAAAAUAUUUACCAAAAUUUAUUUCAUGUAAAAAUGGAUCAUCAGAUAGUCCACGUUUAGCUUUAACACUUCAUGCCUUAUUUGUUAUAAUUGCUUUAUUUUCCGGUAACAUUGAAUUUCUUCUUAAAUUUUCUGGAAUUACUCAAUGGUGUCAACGUGCUGUAACUGUAGGAGCUUUAAUGUGGAUACGUUACAAAACUCCAGAAUAUUAUAAUCUUAAAUCAACUUUCAAAUCACCAAUAAUUGUGCCUUUUAUUUUUUUUACAACUUGUAUAUCAACUGUAUUUACGGUGGCAUAUGAGGAAUUGUCUUCUGUCUUAUUUAACUUUAUUAUAUUUAUAAUCUCAGGAACAAUAUAUUUAAUCUUUUUUGAUGAAAGAUUAAAAAAACAAAAAAUGCUCCAAAAAUUAAAAUUAUACUUACAUAAUUUUGAUAAAAAAUUAGUUGUUAUUGCUAAAAUAGUUUUUAAAUGUGUGCCUGAAGAAGAAGACAAGAUGUGGUUCGAUCAGAUGCUUUCAGGAGUGAUAACAAUGGGCUUCGUUGGUGGAGCAUUAUAUAUAUCUUAUCCACUUAACAAACUUGAUAAUAAAGGUAGAGCAUAUCGUAGAAAUUAUGGUACUGUUGAUAGAAUUCACAACUCUAAACGUGAUCAUAGAUUGACUGGAAACCAAUACGUUAUUUCGGGAUUAGAAUCAAUCAAAGGAUAA